CCGACUUCCGUUUUAGUGAAGUAAACAUGGCUCGUACGUUAGUUGUCAUCUAUUUUCUUGCAUUUAUUUUUGCAAUUUCAAACGUCAACUCGACGAACAGUUACUAUAGUUUUGCAAGAAUCGAGAGCUGCAGUGGUUGUAGACUGAACCGGCUUCCAGACGUAAAGGACUUCAUCUUCGAGGACGUACCUACUUAUGAUAAAGUUGAAUUCAAACAUAUUCGAGGUGCAGAUCCAGAGCUUGUUCUCUUUAAUGAGGAUGGGGAGGAAGUGGAAAGAUUAGACAUAGCAUUGUUGACCAGAGAUGAAUGUAAUAAUUUAUUAACAUUAAAAGGUUUCGUGAAAAAGCCAAAACAGGAUGAGUUAUAAAAUCUGAAAUCUAUUAUAGCUGCAUUCAAUGUCAAGACAUAUAAAUACCUGUCAUUUUCAGAAAUCACUUUACAAUACUUAUUGAAGUAUGAUUUACUUUGAUAAUCGUCUAUCUAUAGGAAUAUGUAUUGCUAUUUUAAAUCAAAAUGAAUGUUCUUUGAGGAACACUAAUUACAGUAAAUGUAAUAUACCAGUAUAAUAUUCCAAGUCCAAAGUUGGUAUACGUGAAAUAUUGAAAAGGAAGGAUUAUGUAUAAUUUUAUUAUACAAAGCACAAAGUAAUAAAGGAUCUAGAUUUCUUUUGAUGCACAAAUUAUUAUCGUUUAUUAUCUCGUUUUCCUGUAUAUGAGGAUGGAUGAUCGACCAUGUUUAAAAUAUUGUAACAAAAUACUUGAGUCAAGUUGUCUGUGUUAUUUAACAUGUGUACUUAUAACCUAUAA